GCGCCUCGGAACCGCCCGCUGUUGGCGCGCGCCGGGCGUUCAGGCCUGUAGUUGCGUUCUCUCUGCCGCUUCCCUUUUCUCUCCCCGCCUCCCUUCCUCGGUGCCAACGCAGCCGGGGCUGGAGGGGAGCCGGAGCCCAGCCGCAGCCGGAGUCAGAAACGCUGCCCGAGCCGCAGGGACGUGGACACAUGGAGGCCUGAGGCGGCGAGCGCCCCCCGGGCUGCGGCGCGUCCGAGCGUCCCUCGCGCCCCUGCCGUCGCCGCCGGCCGGCGGGGCUGGAGCGGAGGAGUCCACGCUCGCCGACACAGGCUCUCUUGUGGAAAUGGCUGUGUGAGGACAAGUUAUCCACUACAUUAGAAGAUGGGAUCGAAUAGCAGUAGGAUCAGUGAUCUUCUUGAAAAUGAGUACUUAAAGAAGUUGUCAGGCACAGAGUCCAUCUCUGAGAAUGACCCAUUCUGGAAUCAGCUCUUUUCAUUUUCUUUCACCGCACCAACUAGCAGUACUGAAUUGAAGCUGUUGGAAGAGAGAACCGUUUCAGUCUGCAAGUCUUUAGUUGAAAACAAUCCUCGAACUGGAAAUUUUGGUGCCCUAAUUAAAGUCUUCCUUUCUAGAACCAAAGAACUCAAACUUUCAGCAGAAUGUCAAAACCACAUCUUCAUUUGGCAGACACAUAAUGCCCUGUUUAUUAUUUGCUGUUUGCUGAAAGUAUUCUUCUGUCAGAUGUCAGAAGAGGAGUUACAGCUUCAUUUUGUAUAUGAAGACAAGUCCCUUGGCAGCUAUGAUUCUGAGUCUGAAGAUCUUUUGGAAGAAUUGCUCUGCUGUGUGGUGCAGUUAAUCACGGAUAUCCCACUUUUAGACAUUACAUAUGAAAUAUUGUUUGAAGCCAUAACAACAAUGAUUGUUUUCCUUUCCUGCCAACUCUUCCACAAGGAAAUUCUGCGAGAGAAUAUCAAUCAAAAGUAUUUGAUGCAAGGUGCAUGUCUUCCAUACACCAGCAAACUUGUGAAAACCUUAUUAUAUAACUUUAUCAGACAAGAAAAGCCACCACCUUCAGGAGCCCAUGUAUUUCCUCAGCAUUCAGAUGGGGGAGGACUACUGUAUGGACUGGCAUCAGGAGUAGCAACUGGACUCUGGACUGUCUUCACCCUAGGCAGCGUGGGCAGCAAAACAGCAGCCCCUCCACAACUUUCGUCCCCUCUGGCCAACCAGAGUCUGCUGCUCCUGCUGUCAUUGGUCAACCUCACUGACUCUCCAUGUGCGCCCAACCCCUAUAGACAAGCCAUGAUGUCCUUUAAGAACACACAAGACAGCAGCCCUUUUCCCUCGUCAAGUCCACAUGCCUUCCAGAUUAACUUUAACAGUUUGUACACAGCCUUGUGUGAACAGCAGACAUUUGAUCAAGCAGCCACACUCCUCUUGUACACACUGCUCCAUCAGAAUAGCAAUGUCAGAACUUAUGUGCUGGCUCGAACAGAUAUGGAAAAUCUUGUUUUACCAAUUCUUGAGAUUCUGUAUCACGUUGAAGAAAGAAAUUCACACCAUGUAUAUAUGGCCCUUAUUAUCCUGUUGAUGCUUACAGAAGAUGAUGGCUUUAAUAGGUCUGUUCAUGAAGUGAUAUUAAGAAAUAUUACUUGGUAUUCAGAACGAGUUUUAACUGAAAUCUCACUUGGGAGUCUCCUGAUUUUGGUUGUAAUAAGAACCAUUCAAUAUAAUAUGACUAGAACAAGAGACAAGUACCUUCACACCAAUUGUCUGGCAGCUUUAGCAAAUAUGUCAGCACAGUUCCGUUCUCUCCACCAGUACGCCGCCCAGAGGAUCAUCAGUUAUACCUGCCGCCACUUGCGGAGAUAUGUGUAUGUGUUGGACAAACUGUGUCUCCCCCACUCUCACUGUUCUACGCUUCAGCAUUGCUUCUCGGCCCUCAGUGACAAUGGAGAGGAACUCUUGUCUUUAACUUGCUCUCAUAUUCUCAGAUCCUAUGCUUCCAGUUUGUUUUCUUUGCUGUCUAAAAAACACAACAAAGUUCUGGAACAAGCCACCCUGUCCCUGAGAGGUUCUCUGAAUUCCAGUGACACUCCUGUACCCGAUUAUGCACAGGACCUCAGUGUCAUUGAAGAGGUGAUUCGAAUGAUGUUAGAGAUCAUCAAUUCUUGCCUGACAAAUUCUCUUCAUCACAACCCAAACCUGGUGUAUGCACUGCUUUACAAACGGGAACUCUUUGAACAAUUUCGGAUGCAUCCUUCAUUUCAAGAUGUAAUGCAAAAUAUUGAUCUGGUGAUCACCUUCUUUAUCUCGAGGCUGCAGCAGGAUGGAGCUGAGCUGUCAGUAGAACGGGUUUUGGAAAUCAUUAAACAAGGAGUUGUUGCACUGCCCAAAGACAGACUAAAGAAGUUUCCCGAACUGAAAUUCAAAUACGUGGAAGAAGAGCAGCCUGAAGAAUUUUUCAUCCCCUACGUCUGGUCUCUGGUCUACAACUCCGCAGUAGGCCUGUACUGGAACCCUCGGGACAUCCAGCUGUUCGGGAUGAGUUCUGACUGAGACCGGCUGCACCCUGCCCUCCCUCCCGGCCCAGCAGCUCUGCUACUUACUUUAUUUCUAGGGAGCAAAAGCAGACAGACAGAUUGCUCAGUGUGUCUUCCAUCAAAGAUGAUCACAUGUUUCCCUCACACACUUCGAUUUGGUAAACUGCUCCCAGUUGGCAAUAGAUCACUCAGCUUAGAUUAUAGUGCAAGGGGGGUGCAUAAUAAUAAAUGUAAAAAACUCA